GCAUUGUAUUGAUCAAAAUAAUACAGAAAAAAAUAGUAAACAUUAAUACCUUUAUUAAAUAUUAUUACAAGUUCUCAUAUUUUCUUCAUAUAAAAGAUUUCAGAGUAACAGGUUAAUUUAAGAAAAUUGCAGUUUGUAAGCUUACAUUCUUUCUUAUCUUGACUGUCUAGAAAAUGAGUUGAAAAGGUGUAAAUUAACACUAUGCAACGAAAUUUUAUCCUGUUUCCUAACUGAUUUAUUCAUAGUCUUGUUGAAUGAAUAUUGUAAAUAUUCAAAUUAUGUGCAAAGGGGAAAAUUACCAACAUUUCCUUUGUAAGAAUGUUAAAAUGCUAUGCACCCACAAUCAAUGACAAAGCUCUUUACAUUUUACUAUCAAAAGUUGAAAUCAUUUAAACAACAAAAUUGCUUCCAAAGUAAGUACAGAUAAUCCAUGGCCUCAGGGUAUUUAAAAAGAAGCGUCGGAAGGAAAAGACGCGUGACGCCUUUCCUACGAGGUCCCUAAACUAUUCUAGACCAUCUAAAUAUUAGUAUUCAUUAUUUGUACGUAUUUGCGGAAAAGUUACUUAAUUGAAUUUUUACGUACAGAGAUCCUUUUAAUUAAAGGUUGAUUUUUUCUUCGGACCUAAUUAUAGACACAAAAAAAGUAAAAGAAGCUUCUUGUACCAAAACUUAUAGACUAUAAUUUCCCAAAACAGCGACGAAAAGCAGAGAUAAUUACGGUACCUCUGGGACUCUUAUCGCUUCGUCCAACCAAACCAUUCGAAAGACAUGCAGCCCUAUUAAUCCAGCGUCUAUGAGUCACAUUUAUGCGGAUGAAAGGUUUAAGAUAAUCUACUGUGCUAAUCCGAAAGUAGCUUGCUCAACGUGGAAAGCAACUCUGUUAUCUUUACACUUAAAUGAAACUGACUUAAGUAAUGUUGAUGUUCAUAAUCCGUCCGUGUUGAAACGGUUUGGAAUAAUUUCGUUCAAAUAUCUAACUGAAGAGGACAUUAAUGAAAAGUUAAAGACUUAUUUUAAAUUCAUGUUCAGUCGUCACCCCUUUGAACGUCUUGUAUCAGCCUACAUUGAUAAAUUUACAAAAUACAAUCGUUACACAAUAACCUUUAGAAGACGAUAUGGACGUCGAAUACAAAGAAUGUAUAGGAAAAAGAAGAGACCCUCUGGAAAUGGAGUAACUUUCUCCGAAUUUGUAAGAUUUCUAACGGAUACCGACGCGAAAGUAUUUAGUUACAAUCCUCAUUGGGCUUCUCAAGUUCAUCUUUGCCAACCUUGCCUAGUUUCUUAUGAUUUCAUAGGUGAAUGGAGAAAUUUUAUUCAAGACUCGAAAUUCGUCACAAAAUUACUAGAGAAACUAGUUGGAAGAAAUGUAUCUUUGGUUGCACGUCACGUGUCAGAAAAACGCCUGAGUCCAACGAGCGCAAAAGAUUACUACAGAACUAUAAAAAGGAAAAUAUUAUCAAAUUUGCAAAAACUUUAUAAAAAUGAUUUACAAACAUUUAAUUAUACAGCAGAUGAAUACUUUGCUAGGAAAAUCUAACAAGGAAAAGCUACACAAUCAUACAAUGUAAUAUAAAUAUACAUCCUCUUUUUGGUAUGAUAUUCAGUGUAUAUACUGUAUAUGUGCGUGUGUCUGUCUGUGUGUGUGUGUAAGAACUAUAUCCCGAUACACUGUAUAUAUACAGUAUAUAUAUUUAUAGUAUAUUUAUAAAAAUGCAUUUAUAUAAAUGGAAAUUUGUCUUUGUUACUUUGGUUCUAUUUGUAAUAACAUGGGUGCGAUUUCUUUAUGGAGGUUUAUUAGUGAAGGAAAUCUUUUUGGUUGUUUUGUAAACAACAUUGUUAAACAUGCUCUAUCUACCAUUCUCUUUUUUAAAAUAAAUACUAAUCCUUUUAAAGAGUUUAAUCUUCUUUAAAAACUGGGUUACAACAAAAAAUAUGAGGAUAAGAAGAGAUCUGGAAUGUUCGUAUAAAUGUGAAAAUAUAAUGGCAAAAUCUAGAGAUGGAAUGGGAAAAGAGAAUUGAGUGAGAUAGAAUAGCCAUGCACGGAUAUUUUUAUACUUACUACUAAACAAGAUGUUAACUAUUUUGGACGUAGUAAAAAUAGAAAGGGAAGGAUAAAAGAGCUAAGAGUAAAAAAGACGAAAAAUACAGUUCAUUUAAAUAAUCUAAUCGGAAGAACUAAUAUAAUUUAUAAAGGAAAAGACAAUGGUAACAAAGUAUCUUUAUAAUACAAAAUGUCUGUAUUCAAUGAUGGAAUCAAGUUGGAAUUUUAUACUGUAAUUAUAUACAUGAUCUCUUACUUUUGACUAAGAUAGGCCUAUAUUUGUAUGAACUUUCUAAGCUUUAAUGUCUAAUAAUGACUGUAAUUGUUCGAAAAGAGGAAUAAUAAAAAAAAU